UCGAAAACGCAAAUAUUACUUAAUACUAGUAUUUGAUGUUUGUACAUUCAGUACUGGUUGAGGUUGGAAACCAGACGGUUUAAAAACAAAGCAGUGUUUUUAUAAUCUGCGUGUACUAAAAUUUUAACGUAUUUAUCAUUAAGGUGACAACGUGAAUAGCGUGCAACAUGUUUUGGGUCCUCCUUCCGGUGACAGCAGCACUGCUGUUUUAUUACUACUUAGUAAAACCUCAAAAAUAUUGGAGGGAACGAAAUGUAGUGCAAGGACCUGCUGUACCUUUAUUAGGUGACAACUACAGGUCCUUCCUGAGGCUGGAAACUUCAACGGAAAUGGUUCGGAACAUUUACAAUCGCAAUAAAAAUGACAGAUACACAGGAUUGUAUCAAGGAACUCAUCCUGUUUUGAUGCUGCGUGAUCCUGAACUUAUCAAGCAGAUUACCGUCAAAGACUUUGAUCACUUUGUUGAUCAUAGAUCUUUCGUUUCGGAAAAUCAAGACCCCAUCUUUAGUAAAAAUUUGUUUUCGUUGAAAGGUGACAAGUGGAGGGAUAUGCGUGCAACUUUGAGUCCAACUUUCACUUCAAGUAAAAUGCGUUCAAUGUAUGCACUCAUGGAAAAAUCUGCUCAGCAAUACGUCAAUUUCUAUUUGGAGCAAAAGAAAGACUCACUUGAUAUUGAACUGAAAGAUUCCUUCACACGUUUCGCUAAUGAUGUGAUUGCGAAUUGCGCAUUCGGUGUUAGUGUUGAUUCUCUCAAAGAUCCAACUAAUGAAUUCUAUACGCGAGGCAAGGACCUUUCUGAUUUUAGUGGAUUUGUAAGAAAUCUAAAGUUUUUGAUUAAUUUAAUCUCUCCAAGACUCACAGAUUUUUUGAAAGUAAGUUUGUUCCCAAAAACUGACUUCUUCAAGUAUCUCGUCAGGGAUGCAGUACGCAUGCGUGAAGAAAAGAACAUUCACCGUCCAGAUAUGAUCAAUCUAUUGAUGGAAGCACGUAAAGGAAAAUUGAAGUACGAGGAGGCCGCCGAACAGAAAACAUCCGGUUUCGCUACUGUAGAAGAGUCCGAAAUCGGAAAGAAGCAAGUAAAGAAGACAGAAAUGACAGAAGAUGUCAUGGCCGCCCAGGUUGUCAUCUUCUUCCUGGCUGGAUUUGAUACUAUCUCUACAAUGAUGUCAUUUUUGUGCUACGAGUUGGCGGUUCAUCCAGAGAUCCAAAAAAAACUUAUUGAAGAAAUUGACGCCACCAGAAAGGCAAACAAAGGCGGCCUUACAUACGACGAAUUGAACAAGAUGAAGUACAUGGACAUGGUGAUCACUGAAAGUAUGCGUAAAAAUCCUCCUGUCAUUGCGAUUGACAGAGUGUGCACGAAAGCUUACACCAUCAAACCGGAAAGACCUGGUGAGGUCCCUGUGCAUCUAAAACCAGGAGAUAUGGUAUGGUUACCUAUGACUGGCAUUCACCACAACGAAGAAUACUUCCCAAAUCCUAGUAAAUUCGACCCGGAACGUUUUUCGGACGAGAAUAAGUCUUCAAUUAAUCCGUAUGCUUAUAUUCCCUUCGGUUCAGGACCUAGGAAUUGCAUUGGGUCAAGAUUUGCGCUGAUGGAAUGCAAGACAUUGAUUUUCCAUAUUUUGAGUAAAUUUGAAUUGACUGUCAUUAAAAAGACCACUAUUCCUAUGAAAUUAGCUAAAGGCAACUUUAAUCCAUUCAUUGAAGGUGGUUUCUGGGUUGGUUUCCAACGCCGCAAAAAUGUUACUAAUUAUUAAUGUAUUUUUAAGUUAGAAAAUAAGGAAUUAAUGUAUGCAAUACCUAAAUAAAUGUCUGCCUUAGUCAUUA